CUCCUCCUCCUGCUGCUUCUGCUCGGCGGACGCGCCUUCGAGGCACCGGGACCAGCGUUCCGAGGCAGCCCCAGCAGCAGCAGCCCGGCUCCCCGUUCCGCCGGCCCCUCUCGUGGCCCGAUCCCCCUUCGGGGGGCGCCGACCGCAGCCUCAGGAUGCCCGAGUUCCAGGCCAAAGUCAGUACCCGGACCAGCACCCCCGCCGGGACUCAGGGCGGCGGGCUGCUGCGCUCCUCCUCGGUGGACCUCGACUUCCUCCGCUCCCUCUUCGGGGUCCUGAUGAUCGUGGAAAUCGUGCUGGGAUGCCUGGUGUGGGCCCUCAUUGCAGACACAUAUUACCAACCGUACCCUUCCUACGGGUGGGUGAUGUUUGUCGCCAUUUUCUUCUGGCUGGUGACAGUCAUCCUUUUUGGGAUGUACCUCUUCCAACUUCAGGUGAAGCUCUACAUGAUUCCUUGGCCUAUUGUGCUAGUGGUAUUCAAUGUUGCUGCGUCCGUCUUGUAUGCAACAGCUUUCAUCACAAGCGCUGCUUCUGUUGAGCCAUACUCCUGGCCGCACUCACCAGACUACAACAGAAGAGCCUCUGCGUCGUUUUUUGCUUGCCUGGUGAUGAUUGGCUACGGGGUCAGUGCCUGCCUCAGCAUUCGAGCCUGGAGGGGAUAUGGGAGUAAUGCAGCAACCAGCCAAGCAACCAUUUCUAAUCACGCCUGAAAACUGUGGGCCAUUUUUAAUCGACACAACUUGACUGGGUGACAGUGGCUACUGGGGCCUUUGGGUGUUUGUUGUCUUCCCUCUGCCCCUUUCCCUUCAAGACCUAGUACUCUGAACGCUAUUCCCAGUCCCAGCUUUAGCAUGGCCUAUGCCAAGUAUGCUGUAUGUGUUUUUAACGCCAUCUAUAGCUGGUUAAAGCACCCCACCCCCACCCCCAUAUUUUGCACUAAUUAGAAUCCUCAGACUGGGCAAGGGCCAGCUGAAUCAUGGAGAUAAAGCACCUUGCAAUGCCAGCAAGAGACAACCCAAGGGCUCAUUCUCUCUCUCUC